CGACUACAGCUUGCUUAACUACGUCACCCAGUGCGGCUUCUCGGUUGUCCUUUAGAUUAGCGUAACUCUCGACGCCUGGCCACUUGCUCAGCUGAUAUUCCAAACUGCUGUACCGCCGUACCAACACCUUCCAACGUAUCAGUUUCAGUAGCGUUUCUUCAUCCGUCGGGUCGAGCUGAAGCUCCGAUGUCGUCUUGUCGUUGUUGUUGAUGUCUCUUUUGAAUUCUUGAAAAGUGCGUAAUUUAUUGGGCAUCAUUAGAUUUGCUCACUCGUGUAAUCGAUGAUUAAUCGAUGCACAAGUUACCGGGAUAUUUCUGCGGCUUCGGCAGAGCAAACUUAACUGGAUCGCGAGCAUGGUCAGCCAAAAGCGCUUGAUUCAACGACUUCAACUCGGCUCUCAUGACAUCGUCGGCCUUUUCCCGCAUCUCCAACUGCAGCUCGUAGAACAAUCGAUCCCUGAUCGUGUCCAUGAUCAGAGCACCCUUGGGAUUGGAUAUCUCUUCGAUUCUGAAGUGCCACUGGUUCGUGAACUCCUCGUCGGUUUGCAACAACGAACCCAACGCUUUGGAUUCCCUCAAUCGCCAAUCACCGCUUUCGUCAUUGUCCAUCGAAUCGAACUCUUCGCUCGAGUCGUCGACGAGAUUUUUGUCUUCCUUCGCCGAUAAGCUGGCGAGGUACUCUUGCGGCGUACGGACUUGUCCGGUGGACACUAAAAUCGAUCCGCCCUCUUUAGCUGAGGGUAGGUGAUCGAAGUAGCCCAGUUCCUCGAACCAGAGGAGGAACCACUGGCGAAUCUCGUCCUCGAUGUCCUCCACUAAGUCGGGGCCGCGAGUUUUCCAAAUCUAAGUUACGUCAUCGGUGCGGUAUAAGUAAACAGGCGUUGUAUAAUUGCCAAGGAAUUUAUAAUGUUCGAAAGUGUUCGAAGCUUGCUCUUAGCGAUGCUACUCGUGGCGUCUCUCAGCGGCGCUACGAUAAGCCAUUCAACGUCACCGGCGGCUCGAGUGACGCAGGUAGCAUCGGUAAUGACCGGCGAAAAUUCGACGACAACGACGACAUCCAAGCCCGAAGCCGAAACGAGUACAACCAAAGAUGAUGGAACAGCGAUCGUACAGUGGGAAUGCCCGAACAUCACCAGUGCCGGCAUCGAAUGCUCCUGUGAUUUUCCGCACACGCUUCGCUGCAUCGGAGACAAAACUAGUUUACAGGCAAUAAGCACGCAUCUCCGGCACAGCCGACCAGGCAUGAUAUCUCUGUUGGACGUGACGGUCUCGGGAAUUUCAACGCUUCCGGCUAGCUUCCUCGAAGACGUGGCGCUGCACGGACUGGUCGUGUCGACGGGCGAAUUGCGAAGAGUACACGAGAAUGCCUUUACCUCUCUCGCGCGGCCUCUGCAAGCUCUCGGUUUGCCCAACAAUUUGCUGGACAGCGUACCGACGAUCGCUCUGGCUAAGCUCGUUGGACUGGAGAGGCUGGAUUUGUCGCACAACAAGCUCAAGACACUCGCCGCUGGCUCGUUUCAGGGUCUGGUCAACGUCACGUAUUUGGAUUUGUCGGACAACCUGCUAUCGCAGCUCUCACCCCAGGCCUUCGCAUAUCUUCCGCAGCUGAAAUCCCUCAAGAUGCACGGAAAUCGCCUCGGAGUAUCAGCUUUGUCGGCGCUACGCGGUCUGAGAAACCUCCAGGAACUCGAUCUCUCGGCAAACCUUCUAACCGGUCCUCUAGGUCCAAAUCUUUUACCGGCAAUGCCUCGACUCGUCUAUCUCACAGUCGCCGAGAACGAGCUCAAGAGUGUGCAACAGGGCGCCUUGAUAGGUUUGAAGAACCUGUCGUCCCUCAAUUUGAAUCACAAUCAGAUCGACGUUUUGGAAGACGACGCGUUCAAGUACCUGUCGACUCUGAGGCAGCUCGACCUGGCGUACAACGGCAUAGUGGCAGUGUCGAGCGCGUCGCUCGCUCAUCUCGAAAACCUGAGGAGCCUCGACCUGACGCACAACUUUUUGCGCUCGCUCAACGCCGACCUGGUGGUGCCGCUUCGCAAGCUCGAGGAGCUUCGCCUCGACGACAACGACAUAACGAUGGUGAGCAGCGACGUGGCCACCUCGAAGCUCAAGCUCAAAAGCUUCUCCCUCGCCGACAAUCCGCUCAACUGUGACUGCAGCCUUCUCGAUUUCGCCAGCUGGUUGGCCUCCAGCAACUCUAGUCUACCGGAGGAGGACAGGUCGUCGGCCGUCUGCGCGACUCCUCCGGCUCUCGAGAAUGCCGUUCUCAGUCAGGUCUCCCCCGAGAGCUUGCUAUGCGGCGAUCCGACGCCGCCGAUCAUGACCAGGCUACCCCUAGCCAGUGCUCAGCUGACGCUCAACGAGUUUCACUACGAGGAAGGCACCGGAGCGGAUCUUCUGUGGCACGUCGAGCCGUGCACCGAGCGCUACACCUGCGACACUCUCCUAGUCUACGAGGCUCUCGAAGCCGACAACAGAGAGGUACAGAUCGCGUCAAGCCCGAUCGAGUGCGACUCGCGGCAGAUGCACGACCCCUGCUCUCUGCCCAUCAGUCUACCCUCCAGUCUGAUGCUGGAACCUGGACACAAGUAUCGCUACUGCGUCGUCCUCAUGGUUCAGCCAGCGACAUCGCCGCACGCUCGAAGUGCUGUCACGAGGAGCGACGAGGUAUCCUUAGGUCUCGGUUGCAGCGACAUCAUCGAGCUCGAUCGCGAGACGCUUCACCUCAUUCCCGAGCUCGAGCAACCUCUGCCUCCGCGCGUCUUCGAGAUAUCCACUAUUCACGUGAAUGCCUCAGCCGAUGGAUAUCUCAAGGUGGAGGUGCUCAUGUCAACGGGUCUGCCGCGGACCGACUGUGAAAUCGACCUCGACGUCUUCGCCUUGGACUCCGGGCAAGUUCAACGGCAAAAAGUCAACUGCAGUAGCUCGAGUCCAGUUGCCAAAAUGGCCGGCCUAAUUCCGGGUCGUUACCGAGUCUGCGCCAGCCUCGCUCAAGACGAACAGCAGGAGAAACUGGCCAAGAGCCUCCAAGCAACCUGCGUCGAGGUGCAGACGUUCAAGCAGCAGGCGCAGCAGAACAGCGAGAUGAUCAUCUCUUUGCUCGCGCUUCUGAUCUGCGCUCUCACCGUCGUUGUUUUCCUGGUGGGCAGAAGUCUGCUGAGGAAAACGAAACUCCAGUCAAUGUCGUCCCAGCCGUGUUUCAUACCGGCUCAGCAAGUCGAGAUUACGCAUAAAGCGCACUACAUCAAACUGCUCGCGACCACGAAACUCUGAUGAUCGUUUCUCGCGCGAGAAUCUCUAAUCUGCUCUAUGUACCUAUUAUUGCUACUAACGCGGUCGCAAAGCAAAAUGCGAAUAUGGACUUUGGCCAAACUGCAUUGGAACAGCUCUCGACUCAUAUAUACUUACACGAUGUACAUACCGGAAUAAAAAUUAAUCGUGCGUGGGCUCUUAUCUGUAUACAAAAUAAUAUUGUACUAAUCUUAGAGGCUUGAAAAUUUGUGUUAUAUAUACGUAUGAAUUCAUGAGUACAUCGAGAAAUCGAUGUAUAGGAGCUCGGCCGACAUUAAGCGAAUAAUUGUUUACGAAACUUUAUCCAUCUUUUCAUACGAUAUAGAUUUAAAUGUUCAUUGUUGAUUGCUUUAUAUGAUUAGGUAUUUUACUAAAAAUUAAAAAAAAUUAUUGUAAAUAGACAACUUGUUUGGUAACUAAGUUUUGUAUGUACAUGUAUGCGAUAGCUUUAAAAUUGUUGUUGAUGAUCUUUAUACAUUUAUAUUAAUAUUAUUAUAUAUUACUAUUAUUACCAUUUCUGAAUAUAACUUACACCUAAAACAA